AUAGCGCAAGCAGCGCUUCUGCUCACGCUGUCGCUGCCGCUGCUGCUCCACUGCUCCAACAAUAUCACUAACGUUUUGCUCCACCAAGAGAGAGAAAGGCUUUCCCCGCUUUCCACGGCCAGCUGCGGUUGCAACGCCAUCAACAACGACCCAAACACGCUGGGGCCUGUUUGCACAGGAAUACAACCAUAGAACGGAUUGAGAGCAGUGUUAAAAUAAAUCUGUGAAUAAUCAUUUGAAAGUGUCAUGAGAAAGUAUAGCUCGUAAACGGAAUAAUAUACUUCUCAAAAUUGAACUGUUAAACGGGGCCGAGAACCACCCACGGACUGUACGAAAUACGGAAAAGUGCAAUAAGUGAAAAUUGAUUUUUAACCAGUGUCAAGUGUGAAUUGAGAGCACAGGAACAACAACAAGAUGGUGCAGAAAUUCCAAUCCCCCGUUCGGGUCUACAAAUAUCCCUUUGAGCUGGUGAUGAAGGCCUAUGAGCGACGCUUCCCCAAAUGCCCACAGAUGCCCAUAGUCCUUGACUGCGAUGUCAUCAAGAUUGAGUCGCUGGAGAACGGGGCCAAGACGAACACCACCCGCCGCUGCAAGCUGGCUGUGGAUGCCCCCUACAUCUUCAAGAAGCUGAUUGGCGUCGAUUUCGUAUACUUCCUGCAGCACAACUAUCUGGACAUGAGCAACCGCACGCUGAGCAUCGAGGCCGUCAACGAGAGCUUCUCCUCGCGCAUCGAGAUCUUCGAGCGGUGUCGCUACUACGCCCAUCCGGACAACGCCGAAUGGACGUGCUUCGAUCAGACGGCCACGCUGGACAUCAAGAACUUCUUUGGCUUUGAGCACUCCAUGGAGAAGAUGGGCAUGAAGCAGUACACACAAACGACGCUCAAGGGGAAGGAGAUCAUUGAGUAUUUCAUCAAUCAACUGGAGCAGGAAGGCGUCACACAUGUGGACCGUUGGGUGCCGCCACUCGAUGCCGCCAAGUCCCCAACACCGGAACAGAAACAGCAUCACGAUAUCCUGCUCGAUGGCGACUUCAUAGCCCGCAAUCUGGGCCAGCUCUCCCCGAUGCAGGAGUCCAAGCUGCUGGAGCUGCGAAAAAUGCUCGAUGGUGUCGAUGAUCUGGAGCGUGUGCCCAGUUAUCAGACCAUCCUGCGUUUCUUGUCAGCCAGGGACUGGCACGUGAGCCAGGCCUUUGCCAUGCUCUGCGACUCGCUUCAAUGGCGCAAAGAGCAUCGCAUGGAUUCGCUCCUCGAGGAGUACACCGAGCCAGCGGUGGUGGUGGAGCACUUUCCAGGCGGCUGGCAUCAUCACGACAAGGAUGGCAGGCCCAUCUAUAUACUACGAUUGGGUCACAUGGAUGUCAAGGGUUUGCUAAAGAGUCUGGGCAUGGAAGGGCUUUUACGCUUGGCCCUACACAUUUGCGAGGAGGGAAUACAAAAGAUCAAUGAAUCUGCGGAGCGUUUGGAUAAACCCAUCUUGAAUUGGUCUUUGCUGGUGGACCUGGAGGGCCUGUCUAUGCGCCAUUUGUGGCGUCCUGGCAUCAAGGCCUUGCUGUACAUCAUCGAGACGGUGGAGCGCAAUUAUCCAGAGACCAUGGGACGUGUGCUGGUGGUGCGAGCGCCUCGAGUGUUCCCCAUUGCCUGGACCAUUGUGAGCGCGUUCAUUGAUGAGCACACACGCUCAAAGUUCCUGUUCUAUGGCCCCGAUUGUGAGCACAUGAAGGACGGUCUGGCCCAGUAUAUUGACGAGGAGAUAGUCCCCGAUUUUCUGGGCGGCCCUUGCAAGACGAUGAUACACGAGGGAGGACUGGUGCCAAAGACCCUCUACAAGGCGAAUUCCCUGGAGGAUCAUGAUGAUGAUGUGACCAUUGCCUCGCCUGGCACUGCCACUGCCAGUGCCGAGGCUUCAUUGGCUCCAGUGGCUCUGGCACCUAUGAAGCGCCUGUCGGCCAACCAUCAGCAUGACCAUCAGAAUCUGUACAAGAGUGUGGAUCUGAAGCCUGGAUUUAGCCACGAGCUGCUCAUCCGCAACGAGGACCCCAAGAGUGUGCUGACAUGGGACUUUGAUGUGAUGCGCAACGACUUGCACUUUACACUGUAUCGCGUGACCCAGGAGCUGCCAGAGAAGAAUGAUGAUGCUGUUUCCUACUUUGAUCUGCAGGACUUUGUCGAGGGCACCAACUACUUCCGGGAGGAGCCCACCCUCAUCUGUCGGCACAAGGAGAGUGUGCAGGGCUCGCAUGUGAUGCACCACAACGACAGCUAUCUGAUGCACUGGUUCAGUCCGUCGGGGGCACAGCUGAACCUCUUCUAUGAGGUCCUUAGCUCUGUCAACUACAAGGGCUCGAUGACCAGCCUGCAGUCGGCCUUCUCCUCCAACUCGUCGGCAGCCAGCUCAGUGCAGAGUCGAUGAUAUGAGACGAAUGGUGAGGGUGGAAGGGGUGCUGCUGCUGCUGCACGCCCGUCACCGCUCGAGGAGCCCCUGGAGGCGGCGGACCUGCUGUCAGGGACGUUAAUGGAGAAGAGCCUCAAUCUGUACGACACGCCGGAUAUAUUCUUUUAAGCGGACACCACACCACAGCUGCAAUCUCUUCUAUAGUUUAGUUCUAGUUUAAUCUUUAGUUAAUUUAGCAAAAUGUUUAGUUUCGGUUCUUAAAUUAUAUUUAGCAACGUUUCUUUCUUGCACCGCAAACGAUUCUGUAUAUCUACGAAUAUAAUCACACGAAUAUCUCAAUACUUGAUUAGUUUAAGCCAAAAAGAAAUUAUGUGACUCUCAUACGUACGGUUGUAACCCGAGGAUGGAAAUUUUAAUAUAUCACUCACGACGCAACAUUCAUUUCGCAAAAACCAAUUUGUCAAUUAGUAUAUAUUUUAGCAAGUAUAUAUAUUAUAUUUAGCAGCUUAAACGCAAAUUAAACUUAGAAAUUACGUAAAUAUUUUGGUAGGAACAACAGCUGCAGCUGUAGCUGCAUUUUAUAAUGCUUUUUAUAUCAAAUGCAAAUGCAAAUGCAAGCGGAAGAGAAAUUAUGAGAUUUACAAGCAAACAAAAAUCUAUUUAAUCAAUGACUAACGACUACGUGUUACCUAAAUAGUUUAAUUCUUCAAAAUCGUACCGUUUAGAGGAUUUCAAAAAUGAUUUUAAAAAGCAUACACACAGAACUUGAGUACAACAAUACAAUACAAUACAAUAUAUACAUACAAUUUUAAUUUGUGCUCCAAAUUAGCUGCAAACGAAAUCAAUAUUUAUGACUUAAGAAACAUGAUAAUCACUAAAUAGAGGAAUAGAAAUUUAUUGAACAAAAAACGCCAAGAAACGCAAGACCGAUAGACCGCGCAUUGCAUGUUAACUAAGUGUAAGUCGUAAUAGUAAUAAUAAAUAUGGCAUCAUCAAUAAAAACCGAUUAGAUCAAUUA